AUGGACACCAAAGAGAAAUACGAUACCGAUGUCUCGGGCUCCCCACCACCAGAGGGCGAUCUCGAGAUGGGUGAGACCAACCAGUUGUCCAAGACCUUGAAAGGAAGACAUAUGCAAAUGAUCGCCAUCGGUGGUUCUAUUGGAGCUGGUCUGUUUGUUGGUUCUGGUUCUGCUCUACACUCGGGUGGACCAGGUUGGUUGGUUAUUGAUUUCAUGAUCACGGGUUUCAUGUUGCUGCUCACGGUCAACGCUAUGGGCGAGCUUGCUGCUCUCUACCCUGUCGCUGGUUCCUUCUACAACUACUCGGUCCGCUUCAUUGACCCCGCGUGGGGUUUCGCUAUGGGCUGGAAUUAUGCGAUGAACUGGCUGGUCGUCUUGCCUUUCGAACUCACAACUGCUGGUAUCACCAUAGCUUUCUGGACCGACCCAAAUGAUACUGGGUCCCCAUCCAUCAACGUCGGUGUCUGGAUCACUAUCUUCUUGGUGCUUGUUUGCGCUAUCCAGUUCUUUGGUGUCAAGGGUUAUGGUGAGGUCGAAUUCAUUCUCGGUCUGAUUAAGGUUAUCGCUGUUAUUGGUUUCAUCAUCUUGGGUAUAAUCAUUGAUUGUGGUGGUGUACCUACCGAUACCAGAGGCUACAUUGGAGCCCACUACUGGCACAAACCAGGCGCGUUCCGCAACGGUUUCAAGGGAUUCUGCUCAGUCUUCGUCACUGCUGCUUUCGCUUUCGGUGGAACUGAGUUGGUCGGUCUUGCUGCUGCAGAAUCCGCCAACCCAAGAAAGACCAUCCCCUCUGCUACCAAGCAGGUGUUCUGGCGUAUCACCUUGUUCUACGUCCUCGGUCUUUUCCUCCUCGGUCUCAUUGUCCCAUCUGACAACGAGAACCUCUCCAGCGCAUCCGGUGGAAACACCCGGUACUCUCCAUUCGUCCUGUCUUUCCAACUCGCAGGAAUCAAGAUCCUCCCCUCCAUCUUCAACGCCGUCAUUACCAUCUCGGUCAUUUCGGUCGCCAACUCUUCCAUUUACGGAUCUACUCGUACCGUCCAAGCUCUUGCCGCUCAAGGUAUGGCACCUAAGUUCCUAGCCGCCGUUGACAAAAAGGGACGUCCUUACUGGGUUGUCCUCAUCGGUCUCCUCUUUGGCUGCCUCGCGUACAUCAACGAGGCCAAGCAAGGAGGCGUCAUCUUCGACUGGCUGCUGGCUCUUUCCGGGCUGUCCAACUUCUUCACCUGGGGCUCCAUCUGCUUGGCACACAUCAUGUUCCGCAAAGUCUGGUACAUGAACGGCCGCACUACCGACGACUUGCCAUUUGCUGCCAUCUUCGGUGUCACGGGCUCCUGGAUCGGUCUCUUCCUGAACUGCAUCUGCCUCGCGGCUCAGUUCUACAUUGCCUUGUUCCCAAUCGGUGGAGACCCUCCAAGCGCCGACGCAUUCUUCCAAGCUUACCUCGCAGCGCCUAUCGUCAUUGCCUUCUUCAUCGGCUACAAGCUCUGGUACAAGCAAUGGUCCCUCGGUGUAGAUUUCAGCGCUAUCAUGAUCGAUGAGGGGCGCCGUGACUACGACAUGGCUGCCUUUAACGAGGAGAUGCGUCUAGAGCGUGAAGAGCAGGCGCAAUGGUCGGCGUGGAAGAAAUUUUACAACAAGGCUUUUUAG